AUGAAAAAAGUAAAUUCUUUCAUCAUAAUCUCUUUAGUGCUUCUUGUAAUUGGCUAAACACUGGCAAAGUCAAAAAAGAAAGUUAUUGUAAUUGGCCAUACUGGAUCAGGAAAGUCUACCUUUUGCAAUUUUUUAUGUUCAAGUUCCAAGUUUAAAGCUGAAGCAAGUAGUGACUCUGUAACCUAAAUAUUUUAAACUGAAUAAAUUGAAUUAAAAGAUUUUUCACUUCUUGUAACAGAUACACCUGGAUUUACAGAUCCCAAAAAAUAAAAUAAUUGGAAGAUAUUAAGUGAUAUUGUAGAAUUUGUAAAAAAAGAAUAAGUUGAUUUUGUAGUAAUUGUGAUUAAUUAUUCUAUUAGAGCCUAAAAUGAAGAGUAUAUUUUGAAGUGGUUGCGUUAUACUCUCCCUUUAAACAAAUAUAAUUCCUUAAUUUUAGUUAACCAUUAUAGGAAAAUCUAAAAUUUUUGCUCAUAUGAAGAUGAAGAUGAAAAUGAAAAUGAAGAUCAGUGUUUGGAAUAGAACCAAACUGAUCCCUAAUUAAGCAAAAGUGAAGAAAAUAAUAAGAAUUUUAUGAAUUUUAUCAAAAAUACCUUUACUAAUUCUACGAUAGAGAAAAUAAGUUAUAAUACUAAAAUGUAUUUAACAGGCAAAGAAUUUAGAAUUCUAAUAAAAAGACUAAAAGAAAAACAUCUCCCUCUAGCUUAAUUAGAUCAUACAAAAGUUUAUGAUCUUUAAAAUAAAAUAGAAAUAGAACUCUAUAAAAACGAAGGUUUUUGUUUUAGCAAAUAUAAAAUACCAUAAGAAGAAAAGAAUUAAAGAAAAAUGGUUAAGCUUGAAUAGGAAGUAAUGGAAUUAAAAGCAGAAUAAAAGACACUUCAAAAUUUAGUAGAUUCUAUUAAUCAUGACAUAAAUAAUAUUAUUGAUAACCCUCGUGAAAAAAUUACAACAGGAUUUUUAUGGUGGACUACAACUUAUACAUUUCAUUCAACGAUUUAAAUCAAUUAAAUGAAUAGACUUCAAGAUGAUAAAAGCAACACAAGAAUUUAAAUACUAUCAUAGUAAAUGAUUGAACAAAAAAUUAAAGAAAAAUUAGAAAAACUUGAAGAAGAGUCAGAAUCACUUGUUUAAAAAAUACCUGAGCUUAAAGAGUUCAAAUAAUGCCUUCAUUCAGCUAAUUAAGAAAUAUAAGAAAUGGUAGAAGUUAAAAAUUAUUUUGAAGCACUUAAUUCAUUAAGCAAAUAAAAGCAAUAAUAAUAAUAAUAAUGA